CUCCACAUGUCCACCUCAUCUCUAAUUCCAAACAAAACCCCCUGAAUCCUCGACCUCGUCCCAACAAUUUCGAUUCACCAACCAAUAAAUUCAACAUGGUACGUCACACGUGUCCCCCCAAUACCCCCAUCGGAAUCAACUCGUCGGGCAUCAAAAGUGGUACAUAAAUCACAGCAACUCUCACUGAUAAACCGACCAAGUCCGAGGAGCCAUCGACCUCAUCAUCAAUUCCAAACGCGUGCUUGUGACUGGCCAAUUCAACAAAGGAUCAAUCAAAGCUUGUCAAUUAAAAAUCACUAAUUAAUUUUUUUCAAGACCCCUAUCAGUGAGUUAUCGUUAUCGGCACGUGCGGACUGUCUCAUCGACCUUUGAUUACCCAUCGAUUUAAUGACAAAGAUCGUAACCAUUUGUUUUGGUGAUACAUCGGUGGAACAAUGGGCUGAUGCACUCUGCACAUACCCCCCACCCCUCCAAGAAUGUCGGGAAAGCAAGAGCAUUACUCCAAGUGCAAUCGUUCAAGGACUCUCGUAGUGUCGAUUCGAGUGAAUGAAAAGAGGUGUUUUAUGAGUUUUCGAGGGUGAAGAGGGUUUUUAAUUUUUUUCCGGGGUCUUGGGCUCAUCGGGGGCCAUCAGGGGUCAUUAAAAUGUCCAAAGGACUCCCGAAAAAUGUCGCGGAGUGGAGCAAUGAGGAGGUGGCGACGUGGCUGAGGGAGACUGGACAUUCGGGGGUGGUGAGACAGUUCGAGGCGCACGAUAUCGAUGGCAAGGCACUGCUGACUCUGAGGGAGGACGAUCUCAAGGGCCAGGGAAUGAACCUGAGGAAGAUCGGGGAGAUCAAGAGACUGUACAUUAGCAUCAAGAAGCUGCAGAAGGAGAAUGUGGCGGUGCUGUUUGAGCUGGGGCAGAUCGAGUUCUUCUCCAGCAAUUUUUACAGCCAGCAGAGGCAUGAGUUACCAAGCACAACCUCGAACAACGAGAGUUCAAUAGAGCACGAGUUUUACUCGGCCUCGGUCUCAGAUGACGGUCACGCCUCGCACUUGCCCCCCGAAAUCUGGAAAACAGUGAUAAGCCUGGGGUAUUUGUUCAUCGUGACGUGGAUAACUGCCUUCGUGAUGGUGAUAGUCCACGAUCGAGUCCCUGACAUGAAGAAGUACCCCCCCUUGCCGGAUAUAUUCCUGGACAACGUGCCCCACAUUCCCUGGGCCUUCGACAUGUGCGAGGUCACGGGGACACUGCUGUUCGCCAUUUGGCUGACUGUUUUAAUUGUUCAUAAGUACAGAUUUAUAUUACUAAGAAGAUUUUUCGCUCUAUCUGGCACAGUCUUCCUCCUCAGAUGUGUCACAAUGUUAAUAACUUCGUUAUCAGUGCCUGGUGCUCAUCUCCAGUGUCAACCAAGAGCUACUCCAGAUGACCCUUGGGCUAGAACUGCUUAUGGAGAACUGUACAAUAAAAUAUCCAUGGCGUAUGUCAUCUGGAGGGGUGCUGGGAUGUCUAUUCAGGGGGUUAGAACGUGUGGAGACUACAUGUUCAGUGGACAUACUGUUGCAUUGACGAUGUUGAACUUUUUUAUAACUGAAUACACCCCGAGAACCAUGUACUUCCUCCACACCUUCACCUGGAUGCUCAACAUGUUCGGAAUAUUCUUCAUCCUCGCAGCCCACGAGCACUACUCCAUCGACGUAUUCGUCGCCUUCUACAUCACCUCUCGUCUGUUCCUCUACUACCACACCCUCGCCAACAACCAGGCCCUCAUGCAGCGCGACUCCAACCGAACCCGAAUAUGGUUUCCCCUCUUCAGCUUCUUCGAGUCAUCGGUCGAUGGAAUAGUCCCCAACGAGUACGAGUCGCCCUCAAAAAUCAUCUGCAACAUCAUCUGCACAAUCAGGGAUAUCUGCUCCUUCGUCAAGCAAAAAAUGAUGCAAAAGACUAAUUUCGAUGUGAGUGAGGACAAUUCGAAGAAGAAACUAUGAAAAUUCGUUGUGCCUCCUAGGUUAUCAAUUAAAUUUAUUAAAAAACUAAAAGUGUUAAUUAAUUUAUUCAAUUCACUUUCUUUCUCAAUUGAAAAAAAAUCCUUCACCUUCAUGAUUGAGAGGGAAAUGUAAAAUCGGACGACCGGUUUUGCCCCAGUGGUUUGAAUUUAUUUUUUUAUUCAAAUUUAGUUGUAUUUGAAUUUUGUUUUACUCUAUUAAAAUUUGAAUUUUAAAUUUUUUGUCAGUGAAAAAUUGGAAAAGAUUAAUUUAGCUUUUUAGAAUGUUUUUAGUAUCUGUGGGGCAAAAUAGGCCUUUUUUUAAUUCUAAGGACGAUUUUUGGAUUUAUCUAAUGGGGUAACUAUCGACCCCCUCUAAAAACGCUGAAAAUCAAUAUUUUUUUCUCUUGUUAAUCUACUUUUAAUUUUUUAUCGCAUGAAGAAAUUAUCGAACUAUUAAGAAUUUCAUAUUUUUGUAUACAACGACUGGUGUUAUAUCGACGAUUAUCAAGUAUUGAUUUAGUAAUUUAUUUAACGAUGAAAUAAUGUGUAAAUGAAUU